GUUGGUGUUUUCACUCAGGCGUUAUGCCGUUUGCGUAACUUGUGGAAUCUGCGUAGCCUGUCAGAUGCACCGUACUGCCGUGUGACAAACGAUAGUUUACAUUACCUUCCGCUGCUAACUGGAAGUGACUGAACCAUUUGUGCCACGAGAUGUUUCUAGUCCCGAAAAUCCUUGGAGGCAUUAUUGAUGCGAUCAGCAAUGUUGACCCCGGCCAGUUUGUGCCUUCAGAUCCUCCCCCACCCCGCAGACCGCUGGCGUAUGCCGAGGCCAAUGAGUCUGCGGAAGAGCAGCAGUUCCGCAAAGUGUUCAAGCAGCUCGCUGGCGAUGACAUGGAAGUAAGCCCCAAUGAGCUGAUGAAUAUCCUCAACAAAAUCAUCUCCAAACAUGGUGAUCUGAAGACAGAUGGCUUUACCAUCGAGUCCUGUAGAAGUAUGGUGGCUGUCAUGGAUAGCGACAGCACAGGUAAACUGGGCUUCCAUGAGUUUAAACAUCUCUGGAACAACAUCAAGAAAUGGCAGGGAGUUUAUAAGACUUAUGACAGGGAUCGCUCAGGAACUAUUGGAGCAGAUGAGCUUCCAGGUGCCUUCAGAGCUGCAGGUUUCCCAUUGAAUGAUCAGCUUUUUCAGAUGAUUAUUCGCAGGUAUAGUGAUGAGAGUGGAAACAUGGACUUUGACAAUUACAUCGGCUGCCUUGUGAGACUUGAUGCCAUGUGCCGUGCCUUCAAGACCCUUGACAAAGACAGUGAUGGUACAAUCAGGGUCAAUGUUCAGGAGUGGCUGCAGCUGACAAUGUACUCUUGAGUGAUGUGAAGGCCUGCAAUCAAUUCAGAUGGAAACAAUCAGUUCAUUGCUUAUGCAAUGAUGACUUUAUGCUUUACACAGCUCCCUCUGUUGUUUCCCACACAGUAUAGCACUAAUUUCAGAAAAAAAACCAGCAUGUAACUGGUCAACCACUGGGGUUAUGUGGGUCACUUCCCUGUGCCAUUUUCUUUCUCUAUAACUUUUAUGUUUACCAGUUUAUUUUUUUUAUUGUGUUUGGCUCAGUAGUAGCAUUGUUCAACAGAAAACUUACCAAAGAAAGAACAGAUACAGUAAAUAUGUCAUAGAAAAUUAAUUAAAGACUCUAGGUGCAGUCACAAAUAUGCAAAACUGUGUUACAUAUUCAUGUUGUCAGUUGGUGCCAUUUUUGCAUGAAGCCAAAGGGGGGGUAUACGGGAUAAAAACAUUGCCAUGAAUUCAUCAUGAAAAACUGAUGUCAAAUGCAAUUUUAUAUCAAAUAAAAGUAUAAAGUGAUAAA